AUGGCUGACCGAUUCCCCUCGCUCGACGACUUUGAUUCCGGCGCCCAGACAGAGAUCAAGGAUGCAUCAGUCGCACCUUCCGCUAGCAACUUCCUUGAACGAGAGAAGGCGAUCCUCGGCGACGAUGCCAACCAAUUCGCAACGGUCGAGGAUGCUGGCUUUGACGAUGACGACGAUGAUUUGCUUGGAGGUGGUAUCGGCGCCACGGGCGGCGAUGCCGCGUUCGAGAGCCAGUUCCCGGACAUCACCAGUGGCAACGAGGGAGUUGCACCAGGCGGCACGGUCACCGGCCCGUCGGUUAGCUACAAUUCGGGCUAUGCGGCCUAUGCUGGCGAAGAGGAGGAGCCAGAGGUGAUCAAGAACUGGCGCGAGAAGCGAGAAGCCCAGAAUCAGAAACGGGCAGAGCAAUUCGCCACGCAAAAGGCCGAGACCAUCAAGGAGGCCCAGCAGAACAUCGACGACUUUUACGAAAACUACAACAACAAGAAGGAGAAGGCGGUUGCGCAGACCCGCAAGGAGGCAGAGCAGUUCCUUGCCAACCGUGAGGACACCACUUCUGGCGGUACGAGCUGGGAGCGCAUCUCAAAAAUUGUCGACGUGAGCGGGAAGGGUGCGAAGGGCGGUGCUGCAGGUUCCGGGAAGGAGCGGUUCCGCGAGCUGCUGACCAGCUUACGGAAGGAUGCGGAGGCACCUGGUGCUGAGGGAUACUAG